CUGACCUAGGAUUUCAGCUGGUGGAGACGGUAUCCCCCUAUCGAAGCCAUCGAUUCGAAUCAGACCCACGGCGAGGAAAUGGCACAACGGCCGCGGUGGCAGGAGAGGCAGCAGCUCGCGCGCCUCUGCGACCUCGUCGCCGACUCCCUCCUUCCCCACCUCGAACCCGAACCGCUGGCGACGCGGCGGCCGCAGCUCACGCGGGAGGAAGAGCGGCGCAUACUCGUCGCGCUCUCCCGGGUAAACAAGGCAAUUCGAGGAUGGGACGACGACGAGGUGGAUGAUGGGGAGCAAGGGCGCGCAUGGGAUCAGAUUGUUUCGUGUUCGGAAGAAGCUCACAGUUGCUGUUUGCCACCUGACUACCAUUUUGAUGAUGGGUUUAGCUGCCUGACCAAUAUUAUCUCCAUAGUGGUUGGCUUACUUCAUCUAUGUAGUGAUUAUAUUAAGCAUUCAGCUGAGAAUAUCUUGAUGGCCAUCUCUAAUUCCCUAAUGAAGUUUGAAGCCGUUUGGAUUCAGUUUGUUGAGCUGGUCUGGGCAGCUAUACACACGGUAUCAACAUGCGCUCAUAAUCAUUCUACAAUUAAUGCCACCAAAGGUUGUGUUGGUUGUUCAUCUGCUGCGGAAAGCAUAAGUCAUGACACUAUGACUAAAAGAACCAGCAUUACAAGCUUUAUAGCAGUACUCAAACUACGAUGUGUCAAUACCAGUAGGCAGAUAAUGACUUGCCUCUUUCGAGCACUACACAUUAUUCUGAAGCUUCUGAAACUCAAUGACUCUGAACUGAAAGAUGACUUCAUUUGCCUGUCCAUUCAUCAUAUUCAGAAGUUACAUUGGGAUCCUGGUUACCAACUCAAUGCCGGGAAAGUUGUCAGCAUUGUCACGGAUGACCGACAUAGUUUGAGUGAAGAUUCUGCACAGUUUGGAAUAGUGUCAGGCAGUCUCCUCCAGCUCUUGUGCUCUUUAGUUGAGCAAAGUGACACAGAAGACACAGAUCGACGAGAUAUAUUUGUGAAACUUGCAGAUGUCAUUCCUAGAUUAGGAACUUUCUUACAAGAGCAACAGGAUACCCCCAAAAGUCUCUCUCAGUAUUCAAAGCACAAAAUAUUGAUGUUAAUGAUAAGGCUUAAGCCUCACAUACAGCAGAACUGCUCACAUAUUAUUUGUUUGCUGAAAUUACUUAGACGCCACUUUCAGAGUACACUCCAUGAACCUAUGUUCCAACAUAGCACUAAACUGGAGAACUGUUUAGAAGGAUCCCCAUUUUUGUUAAGUGGUGUAGGUUUGGGCGAGCUUCAGGAUAAAUCUACUUGGCACUUACAAAGGCAGGCUAUGUAUUUGUUUCUUAGUUGUUCGAUAGUCUUGGCUUGCAGUGGAAAUGAUAGUAGACUGAAAUGUUCAUGUAAGAGAGAUCAAUGUUGUCACAAGGGGCAAGGCUGCACUGAUAAUUGCAACUAUUUUGGCUUAUCAGAAAUCUCAGUUUGGUUUCAGAGAUGUUGCUUAGACAAGAUUUUGGACUCAAAAUCAUCAACAGACAUUGUUUUAUGCUUUCUGCAGUUAUAUAUGGAGGAGGACGAUAUGUUAUUCAUCAUUCUCUUGCAGCUUUUGGAUGCUCCGCUUAUUUCGUUGGCAAUAGAUAAGAUGGAAUCUAAAUGGACGUCUGAACUGAUUGGUGCCAAACUGUUCUCCAUAGUUUUUGACCCAGUUCAUAUUUUUCAUCAAUGGCUUUCAUUGUUGCACUAUGAUCACUUGGUACUUGUUGAUUAUCUCAUAUCUAAAGAUGUAGGUGUGCAUUGUGCCCAGUAUCUAUUACGGUGCUUACGACUGGUAUCCGGGUGUUGGGAUGCUUUUGUCGAUGAUUCAGUUUACGAGGCACAGAUACAAAAAUUCAACUGUAAAAGGCAAAGAACCUUGAAAAAUAUAAAUAGUUUCACUGGUAGCUCAAUGGAAGGCACUAAGUUAGGUUCCUCUCAUGACAAGGAAAAUAAGAGCAAAGAACAGCUUUUCCUGAGUGCUAAAGUUUGUCUCCUUUCGUUAAAGCAAACUUUGGAAGAUCUUCAUAAGAAAGAUUUAUUCCCCUACAAUCCAAAGCCUCUCCUUAAAAGCUUGUCCAGAUUUGAGGAGCUCUGUGCGCAGUACUGAAACAAUUAAGUUGCACCCGGUGACACGCUACCGUUUCUGAGGUUGAAUAUUUGGUAAUCAGAUACUGUAAUUUCCUUUGCUGGUUACAUGCGUAUAUAUUGGCUCGCACAAUUCAUUUGGUAACUACAACUUUUAAUUAGUACUUCAGUUUAUGAUCUGGUUUCUUCGAUUGGUUGUCCACGGUCUUGAAUGCUUCUCCGGCCUCUCUGCGGCGCGGUCUGGCCUCCAUUGCCACCCUCAUUGCCUGGUCACUCUGGCAACACCACAAGGCUGCAGUCUUCGACAAGAUCAUGCCCUCAACCUCGGACCUUGUUCGCGCGAUCAUGGAGGAAGCUCGCUCCUGGGCAGCUGCCGGAGCCAAAGGAGUUGCAUUAAUCUCUGUAACUUGAACUGAUGUUUUUGGGGCUGUGCAUCCCCUCUGUCCUCUGCUCACCUAGCGUCCCAGCCACGCCAGCUUGUGUACGUGGCUAGGUCGCUUCUCUGUACUUUCUCCCCUCUAUCAAUGCAAAGAUACGCUCCAAAGCGUAUUCGCGAAAAUGCUUAUGAUCUGGUGUACCAUCUGAAUUGGCUGAAUCUUACAAUAAGGAAGUUUGUGGCGUCAGGCUGCAGACAAUCAGAUCCUGCGCUGCACCAAAAGUGAAGUGCUGUUGAUAUUUUGUAGGUACCUUCUUCACCUAGCUUGCAAUUGGCAUUCUUUCGCUUUAUCUUCAUACCUUGCUUUUGCUAUAUAUGAGAAUUAGAAAAUCCGUCAGUUAAAAGCUUCCAUUGGGCAUGGCACGGGCCAUCAGAAUCAGAACAGGAAGAAAGGUAUGGUCCACCCACAACAUAGCACAAAUGAUUCAGUCAGCAACAACAAUUGAAUUUGUGCAUACACAACAUACUAUAGGUACUUAAUUGGAAAUUUAGGUUGCCAUACGAAAUGUAAGAUGUAUUGCAGUUUAUAAAUACUCCGAUGAAUGCAUGCAUAUUACAUGCUAUGAUUCAUCUCGCCUGAAACCGCAUUUACACUGCAGGCUGUACCUCCUCAUCUUGAUGCAAUUUUCUGCCAUCCUGGCACUCACAUGCAGCUUUCUGAUUAUUUUGACAUCAAUAUAUUCAGAGAAAACAGUACCUGCCUUUCAACUCAUUGAUCAGCUUCGACCCUUCGAGAGAAAACAGUACCUCUACAACAGGACACGUACAUGGGUACAAUGACUUGAAAGGCAGUUCCAAGGGUCAGAAACAGAGGUAGUAGCAAGUCAGUACUACAGGGAAGAGUUGUAUAUGUAACUGCAGUUUGUAGUCUGUAGAUAUAUGUGCAUGACAAAUUGUACUUCAGUAAUGUGGUUAGACUUCAAUGCAAGUAAAGCAACACACUAUUUCCACCAA